AUGGGAAAGUUAGAAGACGUGGAAGCGGAGAAAAAAGUAUGGGAGAGCGACGAUGCGUGGGAACUCCGAAAAGCGUUCAUGUUGGCACAUUACGAUGAUUAUCCAAAAAUCCAAUUACAAUGCCUAUCACAACUCUUCAUCAAUGUUACACUUCUCGGAUGCGAGUAUUCUGAAUCGCUGAUGCAAAAAAUUCGAACAAUGGGCGCAGGAAUUGCAGCCAAUAAAGACCGCACCAAAACUGGAAGCUACGUGAAAGCGUCCGCUGCGAAGAAGAGACAAGCAGUGAAGCCGUCGGAUUUGGAAGGAGCGCCAGUAGAGGCGAAACGAGAGAAAGUUGAAGAGGCGCCCGUUUCGGACCACGAGGCGUACAAUGAGAGACUCGAGAAGUUGAGAUCCACUUUGUCUUUGACUCCUCACCACUUGACUGGCGAGCAAAUGAUGAAAGCUGCAACGAAUGGAUGUCUGAUGAAGUGGUACGUCAAGAAGGUCAAUCAGAAAAUUGAGAUUUACAUCGAUCGAUAUGUGGCAUUCAGGCAUACAUUCUCUCAAUACUGUGUGGACAUUCAUGAUUGUGCUGUGAAUGCACUAAUCGAAAGCAUACUGUCGUGUACAGCUGCUCUUAAUGAUGAUGGAGAUGAGAUUCGAUUCGAUGGAGUGCCGGCUGAUGAGUGUUAUGCGAAAUCAGUAGAGAGACGACUUGGGAAGAUUAAGGGAGGAUUGGGAAAUGGAACUCACACGUUGAAGGCAUUUUCCACUCAACUCGAAUCUGUCAACAUGUCUCUCAUUCAAAAUACCAAAAAACUCGAGGGAUGGUCCCAACAACUGGAUCUCGUCACUGCUGAUCUCCUUCUUGGAUCUCGUAUUCUCUCAAGCACUGAAUGCACAAAACCUGCGAUGGCGACGAUCGCCGAUGAAAUGUGUGCUCAAAUCUGUCAAUUGAUUCUGACGAAUAACGCAACAGUCAUCAAUUCAAUGAAAUCUCACAGUUCUCUUGCAUUCCAAGUCUAA